CCAAGCGCGGCUGUGUAGUAUUCAAACAAACGACGAGCUCUAGUGCAUUUAGAAAAGUUCGUUUUCGAAUUCUUUAAUUGUUUGACUUUGGUUUGUGUGGCGGAAAACGGGCUUUGCACUCGACGCGUUAAAGUGUCUCAGUAUGAAUACCAGACGCCAUCGUCGUUGAAGAAGCAACAAACCACGGCAGAUGGUAGGAGUCAAGAUUGGCAUAAUCUGGUUAAGGUGUUCUUAAUCACUGCUUGCCUUUCAGAAAACAAGAUAAAAGCAGAAAAUUGGUCAGAAGUAGCAGCAGGAGCAGAAGAAGAUGUAUGUAACAAGGCCGCUUUCUCUGUACAAGGACAACCCUGAGGCUUUAGAGAUUUUCCCACCGGAGGGCCCUUACUCUGGGUACCUUCUCAUCCAAGAUGCUGAAGGAGAAGAGGAGGCAAGGUCCAGCGGGAGUUGGUUGGUGGGGUUGUUCAAAGACACGACCAGGUGUAGGACACUGCCCUUCCCGCAGGACAAGCUUCUCAAGGUUGAGUAUACAAGUGGAUCCGGCGAGGACUCCCACACCGUCACGAACAAGACGUUCUUCAUCCCAGUUCUCGGUCAGCCCUUGUCCUCGAACCUCUACUACGUUGUCAAGGCUCAAGGGAAAAACAAAGGGUUGGUUCAUACUUGUUCAAGAGAAGAAGAUGUGACUACAUUCUGCCUCUGUACAUGCAUAAACGAUGUGAAGCCCAUUCGUUUCAGUUCCAGUAACAUCUACCAGCAGAUGAAGAUAAUAAAACGCCAAAAUGGAGGCUUUAAGGCUGAAUCUACAGUUUCUGAUGGUUUUCCUCCCGACUUUCUGCGCGUAAAAGGGUGGCGAGUUCAUACUUCUGACUUGCCGGGAAAGAGGAAACUAGCACAUGUUGAUGGUCUCAAUGUUUGUCUUAGAUCAAAGACUCCAGACUUCGACUUUCCAAUGUCACAAAAGAGCUCGAGCACUGUCACCGUGGGAGAGUGGUACUGCCCCUUCCUGUUCAUUAGAGAGAUUGGUGGUCUGAAGGAUCCAGAGAGCCAAAUGAAAGAGAGUUUGUUUUACAGAAUGAAACUUGAGCAACAAUGGGUGGAAAUUUCCAACGCAGAGAAUUACCACAGAAGCGUGUAUGUGCCAGUGAGGACUAGUUUCAGUAAGGAGGAGGCAUUGAUUGGUGAUGGCAAAUAUAUGGUCAAUGAAUCCGAUGUGGCAGAUGGGAUGCUAGUUCUGAGAGGGAGGAAUGAAUUUGGAACAUUAGUUGGUGUAGGUUUGAGUCAAGAGAUCAUAGAGAAAAUGAGGAAUGAGCAAGGGGGAGGACGACAGGAGGAAGAUCAAGUGAGUGUGAAGAGGGUGUUUGAAUGUGAGAACAAUGGUUGGACGAAGUUUGGUUGCUAUGUUCUGGAGGAAAGAUAUGUACUGAGGAGGAUGGAUGGAACUGUAGUGCUCACUUAUAUAUUUAAAGAUCCGCAUCAAAUCAAACCCAAAUGGGAGUGAGACCUUGGAAAUUUGGCUAUUGUGUAGUUUGUCAUGGAAAUUCCUGUGUUCUUGUAUAUUGUGAAUAUGAGAAGUCUUGCAUGUAAUUUUGUGCCAGAACCAUAUCGGAUAGCUGUUUAGGAGUAUAGAAAUUAUCUAUGUCGGAUAACCAUUAGAUAAAAGAUAUACAUAUAAACGUGUCGUGCUCAUGAUCUAAUGAAUCUCCUAGUAGAGUAGAAUGACUGCAUUUCUGAGUUUGCGGACACAGGAUUUCCUGCACUUGGGGGUUUCUUCACGUAACCUUCUUCAAGCUUCUAGUAUGUGAGUUGGAGAUAAAUGCCAUGUAAGCUGAUUGCCGUAUUUUCCCCAUUCAGCUGGUAAACGUCCAAGCAACUAUGGAGUCAUUUCUUUCUCCGUUGGUUCCUGCUAUUGAACAGAUAUGUACUAAUUAGCUGUAAAAUGACAACGUAACUUAGUCUGAUUCCCUUUUAUUUGUUUUAUUUCUUCUGGAUAAUUCUUUUGUAACACUAUUUAAGCAGCAAUGCUUGAUGAAAUAAAGCAACAGAACCUCAUUUCU